AUGUGCCCAUCAUCAUCCUCUAUCAGCAGUACAACCACACCACCAGUAGUGUCAUCAUCAUCAUCCUCACCACCACCUACAGCCAAUCACAACAACAAAAACAACAAUACUAUUGCUGGUGGCAGUGCUAUCAAACCCAUUAGGUCUACUUCACCACCACCAACCCUUCUCAUGUCACAGCCUACUACGCCUCGACCCAAUACUAUGGUGGUGUCGUCAACUGAUUCAACCACCUUAUACGCAUCAGAUCAAGCUGUUUCUUCCACAACAUCCGAAAACGAUCAUGGCAGUGGUCGUGGUAAUGAGCUGUAUAAAGCAACAAACGAUGUUUAUUCCACCAACUUGAUGCCAACUACUACUGCGACAAGUGGUGGUGGUGGUGCUGUUGUUGACAGCAGCAGCAACAACAGCGUGUCGGUACAUCAUCCGCAGCCGCAGCAGCCGCCACAGCCACCAGCACCAUCGCACAAUCAACACUAUCGCCGUCGGGAUCCAAUAAUGCAUCCAUUUCAUGAUGGCCCAUCUUUUGGUCCAACACGUUACAAUCGCAACAUUUACGCCCUGGAUCGUUCCACAAUCAUGGGAAUUGAUUUGCAUGCACGCAUUGAUCGAGGAUUUUUUCGGGCUGACAAUGAUUGGACAUGUUAUCGGCGCAACUAUUUUCAAUUGACGGGUGGGUUUUCAUUACGUGGAAUGAACAUGCCAUUAUACGAGAAGGGUCAAGAGACGCCAUCAUGUCUUGUGCGGUGUAGCAGAAAUGGACAAGAUGAGUUGCAUCCAAUCUCCAGUUUCAUGCUUGGUGUUACAGCACGGAUUGCAAACAGCGACAAGCCCAUUCAACUUGUUCAACUCACUGCGAAACGUGACAAGGGACCACAAUCCACACCUCCACCACUCCCAUUACGUCCUGAUACAACACCUGAUUCAUCUACAAGGGUCACUUUUGAGCGUAUCCAAUUCAAAUCAGCUACAGCCAACAAUGGCAAACGACGAGCAGCUCAACAAUAUUAUCAACUUGUAGUACAACUUUAUGCGCAAGUGCAAACAUCAUCAAGUACUCUUCUUGUACCAGUGGCUAUGGUUGAAUCGGAUCAUUUGGUUGUGCGUGGUCGUAGCCCGGGUCAUUAUGGUGAUUUGGUUUCAGCACGCUCUCAUCAUAGACGUAGCUCUUCUUCCACCACCACCACUACCAGCACAGCAACAUCACAAUCAAGUCAACAACAACAACAACAUCCUACAGCUUUUCAUCAUUGGCCACAAGGAUCCAAUCACAGCAACAAUCCACCAGAAGUAUAUCACAAUCGAUUCCUUCCUCUUCCUCAUCCGUUUCAAACAAAUCAACCGCCGUCCAACAGUAACAGCUCAUCAUCCACCACUACGACAACAACAACACCCCAUCCAUACUUGAAUAACCCUCCUUUUCUACCACCACCACCACCACCACCUUCUACACACAAUGAAACAUAA